ACAGCCCCCCACCCCCACCGGACGCCCGAAUCGUCAUUGUAGGCAGUCAGCCGGAAUCCUUGCCAUGGAGAGGGAUGCGGAGCGCGGCGCACCUCGGAGAAAACGGAUGCUGGCCGCCAUCGGGAGGACGAGCCGUUACCUUUACGAGCUAAUCUUAGGCUGACUGCAAGGCCUUUCUCUGCUUCCGGGGAACUGGAAGUUGCUCAUCGAGUCAUGCGAUGGAGAUGCAGUUUGGGGGGGCAGAGGGAACUGCGGUGGGGAAUGAAAAAUAUUGAAUAUGACAGCGGAGUUUUGUCUAGGUCCCAUUGUAAACAAAGAGAGCCUUGCGAAUGGUCUGCAUCGUCCGUGAAGCAGCGUUGACAGGCGACUUUAUGUUGUUUUGCGUCGCAUUUAGAGUAAAAGGAGCUCAUGCAGUCUGUUUAAUGUCGAGAUUAUCUCUCCUUCCCGAGGCGACACCGUAGUGCAUCCGAUGCGGUCCUCCGGCUUGCAAGGACCAAAACAACCUCAGCAUAUUGGCUGCGCCUUUCCCCUGAGCCUUUAACAAUGUGCUGAAUAUAUUUAGCAGGUGAAUUUGACAGCGGACCGCCAUCGGAAACUAUUUGAUGGGGGAAAUUAAGAGGUUAACCGGGUCGCCGUAAAAUGUCAUUCACGAUGGAAGACACUUUGGAGUCGGGGUGGGUGGCCGUCCGGCCGAAUGUUUUUGAAGAAAAGGAAAAACACAAAUUUGUUUUUAUUGUGGCUUGGAAUAAGGUGGAGGGAAAGCUCGCCAUCACCUGUCACAACAGGACGGUCCAAAGGAGAAGCAUCAUAAGGGAGUCCGAGUCUGGGGUGGUCGGGUCCAUCCUGGAAAACAUACACGCGUGUUGCACAAGUCCGGUUAGGGAAAAGGCGGAAUAUAUCGCAAGCGAAAGCGAAACCAGCGCAAAGACCCCAACGACAGGUACGUCGGCGGCGAUGUCAAGCCCCAUUAAAAGUAGCUGCAAAGUUACAGGACUGUCGCGGAGGGACGUGAGUUUGAAUCCGCCGUCCAUCAAUGACGAUCCCUAUAACAUGGAGGACGACUAUGAAAGCAGCUCCAGAGGAGACUACAGCUGGGCCGGACUGUUUUCUUUCCAGGAUUUGAGGGCAGUCCACCUCCAGCUGUGCUCCGUCAAUUCGGACCUGGAGCCGUGCCUGCCCACUUUGCCGGAGGAGCCGUCGGGGAUGUGGACCGUGUUGUUCGGACUCCCCGAAGUCACCCAGGUUGAGAUGGACGCCCUGUGCUGCCAGCUGCAGGUGUAUCUCGGACACGCACUGGACACAUGCGGCUGGAAGAUCCUCUCGCAGGUGCUGUUCGCCGAGAUGGACGAUCCGGAGGCGUAUUACGAGAGUCUGAGCGAGCUGCGGCAGGAAGGCUACGAGGAGGCGGUGCGAAGGGCCAAGGUUGCCCUGCAGGAGCUCCUGGACCGACACAGGAGCACAGAGAGCAUGGUGGAUCUGCUGGAGAUCUACCAGGCUGAGGAUGAGGCCUACUUUGCUCUAGUAGAAGCCACCACACUGCUCUACCAGUUCCUACUACAGCCCUUCAGAGACAUGCGUGAGCUGGCCAUGCUGAGGAGACAGCAGAUCAAGGUCUCCAUAGAGAAUGACUAUCUGGGCCCCCGCAGGAUUGAGAGCCUGAAGAAGGAGGACCUGGACUGGCAGAGCAAGGCGCACGAUGCCGUCCUGUCCAUUCAGGACUUCACCGUCAAGUACUUUGAGAUCACCGCCAAGGCACAGAAAGCGGUAUUCGAGCGCAUGCGUGCCGAUCAGAGGAAGUUCGGCAAGGCAGCGUGGGCGGCAGCCGUGGAGCGCAUGGAGAAGCUGCAGUGUGCCGUCUCCAAGGAAACGCUGCAGCUGAUGAGGGCGAGGGAGAUAUGCUUGGAGCAGAAGAAGCAGACCCUGAGAGAGGAGAUGCAGGCUCUGCAGGGUGGCGAGGAUGCAGUGCAUCGCCUGGACCGGCUGGAGGCACAGUAUUACGAGCUCCAGCUGCACCUUUACGAGAUCCAGUUUGAGGUGCUCAAGUGUGAGGAGCUGCUGUUGACCACACAGCGUGAGAGCCUCCAGAGGCAAAUAACCGAUCUGCAGGAGGAGGUGGUCUACUAUGACACCUUCGAGAGCACGGAGGCCAUGCAGGGCACUGACGACUCGCUGGCCCAGCGAGAGGAGCUGCUCAAGCUGCAGCAGCGUGUAAGGCAGCUGGAGGCCAGAAGGGGGCGCAUUACUGCCAAGAAGGCCUAUCUGAAGAGCAAGAGGGAGAUCUGCAUCGCUAAUCAUAAGCAGAAGGUGCAGCAGCGGAAGGGCAGCCAAGCAGACCACAUGUCCGGUGAAGCCUUGCAGCAGCACAUGGACCAGCAGUGGAUGGAUGAGGAGAGCCAGAGCACCAGGGUCAGCCAGGAGAGGCAGAAAACGCUGGAAGGGCUCCGCAGAUUCAAGCAGCGCUACCCAGGUCAAGUUACCCUGAAGUCACGGCGGCUGCGGCUGGCCUGCUCCCCGAAGAGGAGGGUCAGCGGCGUGAGCCGGCCCGGGAGCCUGGAGCAGUCGCAGCAGACCCUGGAAGUCAGCGUGCAGACGGAGACGGAAGGCAUCGCCCUGAGCUCUGCGCUGCUGGCGCCGCCCGAGUGCUCCACAGCGCCUCCCCCAGGCGGGGCCGUGCAUCACAAUCAAACCGCGGCCCCUCCCUUGACCUCAAAUGGUGGCCCGCCCAUGCCUCACCCCCCGCGCCCUCCCUCUGCCCCCCCUCCUCCUCCGCCCCCUUUGGCAGGGGACGAGCCCGGCGUGGGUAAGGGGGACCCCUCCAGCCUCGUCCAGCAGGAUGGCGAUCCUGAGUCAGGAGCCAACAAGCCUCUGGAUGAUGCUUCCUCCUCAUCCUCCUCUUGCUGCUUCUUCGACAGCAGUCAGCUGAUCGAUGCCCGGAAGCGGCUGAGGAAGACACCGGUCCCGGACACGUCCCUGGGGAGGCGAGCUAGCUCCCCGAUGGACGAGGUCCUGGCCUCGCUGAAGCGCGGCAGCUUCCGCCUGCGCCGGGUGGAGCUGCGGCCCCCGAGGCCCGAACCCAACGAGGAUGACGACACCAGCAGCAUCCUGGCUCAGAUCCGCAAAGGCGUGAGGCUCAGAAGGGUGCCGCGGCUGGACGAGGGCGACCCGCUGGUGCGAAGCAUCCAGGAGGCCAUGUGCCGCAUCAAGGAGGCUUCACCCGAGUCCGAGUCUGAGGACGAGGGGCUCCCCUCUGCUGACUGGGACAGUUAGGUCUGCUCCAUAGAUGAUCCCGCCAGCGAUAAAGCAUCCCGCCAUCUGAGCGCCGUCUCCAGGUCCUGCUCCACCCUCAUUCGGCCGCACAGAAUAACCCUUAACCACAUGCCUCCAUCCUUGGAUGGAUUGACAUAAAAAUGUUCCUAAUCCAGGUUGUUUUUUUUUUUCUUCAUCGUAGCAAUGUUAUGUUACAGUAAUUCGGUUUUUUGCUUCAGGUCGAGAUUUAUAUCCUGUUUAUAAUAACUGUUUUGCAGAUUGUAUAUGAAUAUAUUUUAAAAAUAUAAGUUCUCCGUCACUCCCUCUGACGUCUGACAAUCCACAAAGUCUACAGAAGUGGUUGCCCUGUGCACUUGACCUGGAUAGUGGGUUUAAGCUAAUGUACAGAACAGUUCAGAUAUAAAAGUGUCCGUCUGGUG